GCGCCGCGUAGUGUGGACGUCAGAAGACGGCUCCUGGAAGAAGGAGUCUUCCCUCCUCAAGGGGAAGAGGAAGCCUCAGUCGUGCGUACCCGUCACAGACCAGAUGCUCAUUAACGAGAGAAACUGGCUCAGAGAAAACAACUCCCAGUCGAAGGCUGCGAUGGAGUCGGCCGUUGCCGCGGGCAAUGACGAGGACGAGGAUGAGGGGGAGGCGAUGGAGUGUGGAUGCUGCUACUGCGAGGUUACGUUUGAGCGCAUGGUGCAGUGCAGCCUCGGCCACCUGUUCUGCGAGGAGUGCCUGCGGCGAUACGCGAAGGAGGCUGUCUACGGACAGGGCAAGGUGGCGCUGCGGUGCAUGGGCGACGGCUGCAGCGCCGGGUUCCCGCUCAGCCAGCUGCGCAAGGCGCUACCGCGGAUGCUGAUGGACAAGUACGAGGAGCGGCAGGUGGAGGAAUCGAUCAGCCUCGCGGGCCUCGCUGACCUAGUCAGGUGUCCAAACUGUGACUUCGCUGCAAUUCUGCCAGGCGAUAGCAAGGUUUUCCUGUGCCAAACCGUCGACUGCAUGAUGAUCAGCUACCAGCACUUCUGCCCGCACACGCGCGAGCCCGGCAAGCCAUGCACAUCCUGCACCGCCUGCUCUCUGUGGACCAACCCGGACGAAGAUGAGGAUCGGGCGAUCCGAGAACUCAAGGCCGAGGCACAGGAGACAAGGGCCGCGCAAGGUUUUGUACAAGACAAGGAGUUUGGACCACCCCCUGAAGUGACUACACACAAAAAACAAAAGACUGCCUGAAGCGAUCGCGACCCUCGUAGAGUUAUUCCGUGCAAUAAUUUGGUUUGAAAUUCGUUAAAACAAGUGCCUGUUUUCAUAAUCCGUUUAAAACAAUUAUCUUGUGUUCGUUCAUAUUAAUCAUUUCUAACUGUGAUUCGUGUGUUCUGUGUUCCGUGUUAUA